AUGAACUCCAAACUUCUCAACCUUGCUCGCCGCUUCCCUCACUCGGAUUCCACGUCUUCAAUGAUGCUGGCGAAUCUCACAUUUGGAAAUAUGAGAUCCAAAGGAACCCCACUAAUCCUGGUACCUGGGCUCUUUGGAACAAAAGAAAACUGGAUCCAAGUCGGCAAAGAUCUCAGUCAACGUCUCGGAUGCAUGGUGUUCGCAGUGGAGAACCGAAAUCAUGGGAGCUUUUCCAAAGCGGCAUCGAUGACUUACGAGGAGAUGGCUGAUGACUUGGUCGGAUUCAUUGAUUGGGUUCGGAAGAUUACUGGAGAGGAUAAAGUGAAUCUUCAUGGACAUUCGAUGGGUGGAAAGGCGGUUACACAGCUGGCGACAACACCAGAAUAUUCUUCGAGGAUUAAGAGUUUGAUUGUCGAGGAUAUGUCACCGUUGGGGUAUCCGUUGAAGAGAGCUGAAUACCUCGAAUGUAUCAAACAAAUGAUCGCCACUGAUAUGAACAAAUCGCGAAGCGAAGUGAUGGCGGAGCUCGGCGAAAAAGUGUCAAAGGUGCUGCUCUACCAAUUUGUGCGCGGAAAUUUGGGUGAAGAUGUGAACGGAAAAGCUCAUUGGAUAUGCAAUCUGAAUGUUAUCGAUGAGACAUACAUUUAUCUGCUCAGCCACGACAUUCGGUUCGGAGUUUUCGAUGGUCCGACUCUGUUCCAGCGGGCUCCUGGCUCGGGAUUCCUUCCGGCGGCUCAUAAGAAUCGAGUAGAGAAAAUGUUCCCAAUGGUGCAAUUCGCCGAAACUGCCUGGUCGAACCACUGGAUUCAUGCUGAUGACCCGAAAUUCUUUGUCGACUCGAUUUGCGAGUUCCUGGAGGAACCUGAUCAGCUUGGAAUGAGAGCUUACAUUUAA